CGUCCUGCCGCUCUCUUCUCUGUCUGUCUAGUUUGGACGCAGCGCACUGUGAGCACACUCCGUCGUUUUUUAUCUUUCUCUCGCCAAAGUUUCGGUUAACAAACGCGGAAUAUUUUUUUUGGGAGGUAAAAAAAAUAAAUAAAAAAUGACCUGAGAGACGUGGCAGCAUAAUCACCAGCUCUUGGGGGGUGAAGGUGGGCGAGUGGAGGCGAGUUGAUCGCCUGCGCCGUGCGUAACACUGGGUGAGCAGGUGGAUGGAGAGGCUGGCAGGAUGCAGCUUUCCAGCAGGUCAGUCAGCACCGCUCCAGAGCGGCUGGACUUUGCGUUCUCUGCUAAAGAACACUCUGCCACGAUGGAUUUGAUAUGAAGGCAAAACUUCUGUUUUCAACUGGGAUGUGAUAUUUGUGGUUCCUUGUUAAAAAAAUCCCCAGUCAUCCCAACCCCCUGAACCCUAAAGUCUCAAAUUCCCAGUACCCCAGACACUGGGAUUCCUUUGAUACCCUAAACCCUUCUAAGUCAUCAUGGCCUUGGAUCAGUGGCCCUUUCUCCCGACAUCCCCCAACAUCUCCAUCCCUGAGCCCCUCCUGUACGAUAGCUACAUUCAGGGGAAUGAGUCUGACCUGGACCUUAACAUCUCAGACACCAUGGAGCGUCACCAGGACAAGACCAGCUCAGUGGUCAUCACCUUCAUCUACUUCAUGGUAUGCGCCGUGGGACUGUGUGGCAACGCCUUGGUCAUAUACGUAAUCCUGCGCUAUGCCAAAAUGAAGACCGUGACCAACAUCUACAUCCUGAACCUGGCGGUGGCGGAUGUUCUGUGCAUGAUGAGCUUGCCAUUUAUUGCCCUGCAGCUGGCACUGGUGCACUGGCCCUUUGGAGAGGUGCUUUGCAGGGUGAUCAUGACUGUAGACUCUCUCAAUCAGUUCACCAGCAUCUUCUGUCUGAUGGUGAUGAGCAUCGAUCGAUACUUGGCUGUGGUCCACCCUAUUAGGUCCACAAAAUGGCGGAAACCACGCAUAGCCAAGCUGAUUAACCUGACUGUAUGGGUUUUGUCCCUAUUAGUCAUCCUGCCUACUAUGAUCUUCAGCGGCCUGAACAAGGUUCCAGUAUGUGGGAUCGUGUGGCCGGAGCCCCAGGAUGUCUAUUACAAAGCCUUCAUAUUCUACACCUUCUUCAUUGGCUUCUUCCUGCCACUGGCAGUCAUAUGCCUGUGCUACCUGCUCAUUAUAGUCAAGGUUAAGUCGUCUGGCAUUCGAGUGGGUUCCACCAAGCGCAAGCGCUCUGAGCGCAAGGUGACGCGGAUGGUGUCCAUCGUGGUGGCAGUGUUUGUCCUCUGUUGGCUGCCUUUCUACAUUUUCAACGUCACCUCAGUUACCGGCUCCAUCAACCCGACCUCUGCCUUGAAGAGCACCUUUGACUUUGUAGUGGUGCUCGGCUACGCCAACAGCUGUGCCAACCCCAUCUUGUACGCCUUCCUGUCGGACAACUUCAAGAAGAGCUUUCAGAACGUUCUGUGCCUGAAAAAGGUGGCAGGCCUCGAUGAGAUUGAGCGCAGUGACAGCAGGGCAGAUAGGAGCAGGAUGGCUAACGACACCGCAAUCAUCAACGCCAACUUGGAGACCCACAAUGCUGCCCUGCUAAAUGGCGAGCUGCAGACCAGCAUCUGAGGGUACAGCAGCGGCAGUCAUCCAGGGAGCCCUGUUCAAAGAUGCAGGGGUAGGAAGAUGAUGUAAUAGCUGCUGCUCAUGGACAUUGACACAUGAACAAAGUCUAAGUGAUAAAUAAACAAUUUCCUAAUGUUUUCAGAGGUCAGGCAAAGUACACAGACUACAGCUCAAAACUCUUCAUAUUUGGGUUAAUGAGGCAACUUGACCAGGUUCACCCUGAGGCGGAGCAAAAAUAUAUCUUGCUGAAGUCAUUUGCAAAACUGUAGAGACGAGUGAUGUUAAAAUCAAAUAUAAAUAUGAAUGCUGUUCAUGCUUGCCAGCCUGAGGCUUCUAUCGAGUUAUCAGGAUCUCAUGGAAACUGAACCAAAAUUGAAAGGAGGAACAGAGAAUGGAGUGCUGUGGAACCACUGAAGCAAUAUCGGGGUUCGUUCACCCGUGGUGAAGAGAUAUAAGGGAAUUGAGCAUCACCCAUGCCCUCGUUGAUGUUGUCUUUCUUUCAAGCUAAGAGGGGUCUGCAUUGAUUUCUCAGAAUGUGGAAAUACUGAUGAAAAAAACUGUCUGAACAUGUCAGUGGAAAACAGCCGGCGCGGUGCACUCUAUAGACAGAAAAAUGAGAACAACCCUGAACAGUUUCAUGUUUUAUUCAUACCAGCUGAUUGGUCUCUUCUUACAUAAUCAUCAAGGCAACACAAUGGCAACACCCUACAAACACAACAUUUUAUUCUUAAACAACGGAUGCUCUUUUCCAUCUCUUGCUGACAUCUCAGCAGGAGCAGCUACAUUGAUCCGUAAACUCUGAAUUUAAGAUCCUGGAUUAUUGAUUAAGUGGACGGAUGGGAAAACAUCUCAGCAGCCACUCUGACCUUGCUCCCUUUAAAAAAAGCUUGACUUUGUAUAUACAAAAUGGUUUUCUGUCAACCUCUGGGGGAGAGUUCUGCAAAUAGACGACCUAACCAAAACGACUGACUCAAUAUGAAAGGCAAUCCCUGCUGUAAAAAUAUGUGUUGUUGUGAUGCAUCAAGGACAGCUCUGAAACUAUGUUUGUGAAACUCAUCAUAUGUACUUUAUACUCUGUAUUCUGGUCCUAAUAGUUGCUCUCUGUACCAGCAGUGCCAUUGUAAAGAGCCCAUUUUUACUUGUAAAGUGCUGUGUUUUGACAAUGUAAGAUUCCCUCCCGAGGUUAUGUCCACAUUUGGUUCAGCCGGCAAAAUGUCUAAAUUUCACAGAAGGCAGCAAAAUGUGUCAUGUAGUCAAAGGGGGAGUGAGAGAAGGGGAUGAGGAGAUACAGAGAGUGGGAGAACUAAAGCUUCUUGUAUAAGAAGACAAGCGCAUGAGGACAAAGCUUGAGAGCGUGCACACAACAAUGUAAUCUAAAGCCCAUUUGCAUUUAAGCUUUAAGGUGUACUCCAGUGAUUUCAUUUUGCACAUCCAUAUAGUUGGAGGACUCUCAAAAGACAGGUUUUCAAAAGAAUGGUCAAAGUCGAAGCAGCAGGAGUGGAGAUAUCCUCUAUUGUAGGGCCUAUUAUGGGUCAAAUUCUAAAAAAAACAAAUCCUACAUGAAUCCUAUAUAUCUCCAAGUCCAAGCUGAUGACAUCCCCAGGGGUAAAUAUAUCAGACUUUGGAGCGCUCCUUCAAGAGACACAGUUAUUAUUAAACUGUUCCCACGGAGUACAAGUCCUCGAUGAGUAAAAUUAAUUCGAUGUGUUAAAAUCGGUGGAGUGUUCCUUAAGAGAGUAUCUUAGUACACCAAAUGAGCUUGAAUAUGCCCUUUUACAUAUUCAAUACAUAACACUUACGCUUACAUGCUCAGAAAUAAAUUAAAAUUGCCCACGUUGUAGCAAACGUUGCAUUAUAAAGGAGAGAUACAAAAGCCUUUUUCAAAUACUAUUGAGUUAAUAAUAAGUCAUUGUUAUUUAAUUGUAUUUUCAUAGAAUUGUUUAUCAAAUAACACAGUCAUUAUACUAUUAAAAUAACCUUGGCUCAAGGGAUGUUGCCUCUCUAAGUGGCAUUCAGUACACUGGAUAAAUAAUAACAGAUAUCUGCAUAUGAAUGCAGAAUGCAUCGACUGUCUGAUGAUGAUUCAUUUGUAAAUAUCUGUUUAGAAAUCACUGAAGAUGCGCUGUAUCCUGGCUACUCUGGAUAUCUGGAUACCCCAAAAGACUGGCUAUGGUGCCCAGAGGCUAAAUCAGAAAAGAGUCUAUAAAUUCUGAGAUUGCAUGAAUUGUGAAAAACAUUCGGGCAGCUAUAGUUAUGUGUGCAUACAACUCUUGUAUAUGCCCGUCCUCUAUAUUUAGAAGCUUCCUGUGAGACAUGUGAAUGUCAGGAUGCCAGAUUGAUUCAUGAAAUACUCAUGUCCAAUAUUAUUUCACCAUUACCAUUUUUUGAUUUAAUAAUGUUCCCUCCAGCCUCAGCUAUACUUUGUGUUCAGUGCUAAUUAGGACAAGCUAUACAACAUUGGUGCACCAGCAAACUAUAAACGAUUUAUACUUGCUAAAUAUGUGCAUGUUGGAAGUUGGAAACUUGGAAUGCCCAUUAAUUUGUAUCUAUUAUCCAUACCAAAACAGCUGCAGAGAAUAUAUGUGGUUAUCAAACUCUAAACUAAACUUACCCCAUGUGACGUCACUAUCAGCUCUGAUGAAAUAGCUACCUGGUUAAGUAACUAUCUAAAACAAUUCCACUAAAGUACAGCUUCCUAGUAGAGUAAGAGCCAAAUGAUUCACAACAAAGGAGACAUAAUAACCUGAAUUUGGAAACCUUAUCAGUCCAAUACAUGAUAGACAUCUAUUUCCGUUUUAGCUAUCAGGCUGUUUGUGGACAGUGACUUUUCCAACGGACCUCCAUGAUGAAGCCACACCUGGCUUCUGGGUGAUUUGUCAAACAACUGCAAAGCCUCGAUAGUAAUAAGGUCACACACCAUAUGCUGCAGUGUCGGAUUCACUUCAUCAUUCCCAGUAUAUCACUCAAGUCAGAAGCCAUCAAUCAGUGCAAUUGAAAGAGUUGAGGAGCCAGACAGGGCUUGUCCUACGAGGUUACUGCAGAAAAUAAUUAUGUGUAGCCCCCCUCCAUGCACACACACACACUGAUAGCUGCCUCCCAGUUGGUAGUACACCACACAGCCUAUAAUCUGUCAUGAAAUUCUUUCUGUACAGACACUGCUAGCUGUAAUAUCUGUAGCAGGGUGGGUCCCAUUUUUAUUCAUAGGUCAAAAUAGGAACGCACUAAGCAUGGAGUCAUGCCAGAAGAAGAACAACAGAUCAAUAUCAUGUUAAAAGUUAUUGUUUUUCACGUUAUAAGAAGAUAUUCUCACAUUGUUACGAAUUAUUACACAGCUUUGUUCAAUACUCCAUCCUGAUUGGUCAGUUGUGGUGUUUUACAGUCGUAGCAGGCAGCUGCUAUGCCAGUUCUGAUCACAGAGGACUUUUAAAGUUGAAUUCUUUUUAAACAGAAUAUUGAUUUCUCUGAUGAGUAGCCAUGUAAUAAGUGGAAUAACGUACAGUGAGUAAUUCAGUCCUGUAUCAUCAUGUCUGGGUUUAUUUUUCAAUAACAACCAGCUCGUUGUACAUUAUUUGUUAUAAUGUGUCAUUAUAAGAAAAUAUACAAUAUAAAUCAAGGUCAUCAUGUUAUAACAUUAAAUGUUUCAUAUUAUAACAACAUGAAUUGAAUAGUGUUAUAACGAGGAAGGUUUCUUAUGACAUUUAAACACUAUAAUUUAUCAUGUGAAACAUUUAUGUUAGAACAGUUAGUUAGUCUUGUUAUAACAAGUUUGUAUGUCAUAAUAACAUGAAAAUGAUCUUGUUAUAACAAUAAACUUUUUCACGUUACCACUAAUCAUUUUUCUUUAUCUGGCAUGGCAGCAAUAUGCUUCUGUAAAAAACUCUUGUUGCUCACAGUGUGUCACACAACAGUAAGCUCAUUGAACCCUUGUCUGAGUAAGUCAGGGUGACCAAUUCUGCAUCAUACUGACGUGUGUGUUUGUGUAAUAAUGUAAUAAUAAUGUGAAACAACCCAAGGCCAAAGGCUUUGAGUAAUAUCCAGUUUUGGUUGUGUGUAAUUUUUUUUUUUUUAUCAAAGAUGUGAGUCAUCCUGAAACAUACAAAAUCUUUAUGUGUAUCUUGUUUUUCUAUGCCAAAUGUGUGAAUGUGUGUGUUUCAAAGUGUGAAACUCAUUUCACACUCUCACCCAUUACAGUUAAGGUAUUUAGCGCUUUGAAGCCUGAAGUGCAAGAACUGUUCUGUCAUCAUCCACAGCUAAUUACCGUUGCCUCUCUCUCUUUCUUUCACCGGGGGAAGAAUAAUAUGAGCUGCUACACAUUUUACACCUACCCAAACUGAACUGAGCUGAAAUCAGCUGAACUAUACUGAAGGAAACUAUUCCUGCCUCUGCCGCUGGCUAUUUGGACAUACUUAAUGGACUUAAUGUACUUAAUGGAUCACUCUGGUGUUUAAUAGAUGUUGAUAAGAUGGUUUGUGCCAAAACCAGUGUAAAUGUAGCUCUUAAAAGACAGCUGAGGCAAUGAGACGGUGCCCGUAGCAGCUGCUUCAUUUGUCAUUUUGUCGAUUGUCACAAUCACGACCUAAAUAUCUUUGAAAUUAGGUCAGAUUCUGAAAAAAGUUGUGCUCAUGUGGAUUGACAUUUGCUUGUUCCUGCCACUGUAUAGUGUACAGAUGAGGGGCAGAGGCGGAGGAAUGGGAAACCUCGGUCGCUCUGUUUCUUUUUUCAAAACACAAGUUGAUUUGUGAAGGGCUAGAACGUGUACUCCCGAGGAUGCACCGUUCAAUAUUAACUACUGUGUAUUUUGUGGUAUCCUCUGCUUGUUCUUGCAUGGGGGUGGUUGGGGGAGGGAGGAUGGUGCGUAUCCCAAAAUGUUCUCAUUCCAAGGCCGUUAAAAAAACAACAUUUUUGCAAAACCCCUCAGCCUCUAAUACAGACGCACAAAGUAUUCUUUAACAUCUAUAUGAGGCGUGCCUUGCUUAUGUCGACACCAAGGUAAACAGGUAAGAAAUCUAAGGCUGUGUAAGGAGCUUGUUUGGGGUGGAUGGAUAACCCUCACCCUGAUUUAACAACCCUAUGUACUAGAUCUUACCAAGGCUAACCAGGUAGUGCUGUUGCCUAAACCUAACCAAACUGUGACUGUUUUACAACGUUGCAUCUCAUACAGGCACUUUAAGGUACCUUGUACUUCGGUAUGAGACGGCGAGGGUGCGUGACAAAGCAUUGUUGGUAUUUGAUGACCUGGGAUGAAAAUGUGUUGGUUUGUGUCACCUCACUAGACAAAAACAGUUUACACACAUGCUGGGUUUUUUGCAAGAUACACUCAGAAAAAAAAGGUAAAAAGAACUACAUGAGUUUGAGUUCAACUAUAGCUUUUUAAGUUAUGAUCAGCAGCAAAUGUAUGAAUAUAUCAGUCAAAGAAAUAAACUUAGAUGUCGGUUUUCAACACUACAGAUUUCAGUCAAGUGAAACUUAGCCAAGCUGGUUGUAACAUGCUUGUUUCUGAUGGUGUACAGCCAUGAAUAUGUACUUUUCUGUGCAGUUACUUUUAUCUAUGUGCCUUGGAACUUAUGAAAUCACGUGAUGACGUCAUUGUACAGCAAAACAACAUUGUAACCUGUUUCUUCUCCUGAAAGCCAAACAACCAAAGGCCUUUGUACUGUACAGAUGUCCAUAACCAAAACAUAACAGAGACCUGUUGUAUAUCAUUUUUAGUACUAAUCCCCCAGCUUACAUUGCUUAUGUUUGUGUGAUAUCAUGUCAAAAGCAGAUGUUUAUUUGUGACUUAUUACUGUUGCAUAGAAUAUGACGUGAUCAUUGACUGUAAUGAACAGGUCCUUGUCACUGCAAUUAAAAAACGGGCGAGUUUCUGCUCACAUGGUCA